AUAUCCGUCCAACUACAUUCUUGGCAUUUUCCCUCCUUUACUUUUUCUCUGUUUUCAACUCUUCCAUCCUUUCAAUUAAACUUUUCACAAACCACUUCCCUCUCAGUCCCUCACUAAUGGAUGCAAAACCUUCUUCAGAACCUUUGAAGUAUCAGACAUGGUUCUUGAAAGUUUCUAUCCACUGUGAAGGUUGCAGAAGGAAAGUAAAGAAAGUUCUGAAGAGCAUUGAUGGUGUUUUCACUGCAACAAUCGAUUCACAACAGCAAAAAGUAACAGUAACUGGAAAUGUUGGUGUUGAGACCCUUUUAAGGAAGCUGGUCAGAGCCGGAAAACACGCCGAGGUUUGGCCGGAAAAUAUCUCCGGCAACAACAACGGAAACAAAAAGAAGAAUAAUAAGAAUGAAGCAAGUGAAGCACAAAGCUUGCAAAACAAGGGAACUGAAAUUGCUACUACCAAGUCUGAAACUGAAAGCUAAAAGAACAAAAAUUCAAAAACCGGCACCGGAGAGUUGCCGGUAAAGUCGCCGGCCGGUGACCAUGUUCCUCCGGUGACAGGCCGGAGUGAUGGUUGUGGAGGGGGGUCUGAUAAGAAGAAGAAAAAGAAAGAUGGUGGGAUUGGAAGCAAUGGCUUGAGUACUACAGUAGCUAAGAGUGGACCAGCACACACUGGAUUGCAAUUUCAGAAUCUUGGUCAAAUGAAUCUCAGCCCUACACGUCAGCAAUCAUUGUUGUACCCACCAGAAACUUGUUACCCUCCGGCUCCAAUGGUUUAUGUGUCAGCUUACAAUAGAGGAUAUCCUAUGGGAAGAGUUGGUGAUCUUUCUUAUUUUGUUCCACCUUCACCCUACACGUGUCAUGGCCUAGAUCAACAUGCUACUUAUCAAUUUCAAUCAGGACCGUUUGUUUCUUUUGAGAUUUUUAGUGAUGAAAAUGCUAAUGGAUGUUCCAUUAUGUGAAGAGAAUUUUGUACUUUUGUUUGUUUAGGUUUUAUGUCCUUGUUAGUUUUCUAAUGAUAGGUUUAAGGGUUGUUUUCAAUCUGAAUUUUCUACCUUUGGUUUUAUGGUGCAGCUGCAUUGUUCUCUUCCUUGUCUUGUAAGCGUUAAGUACUGUUUUUGCACUUUAGGUAUCUCAAAUAGUAAAUCAUAGACUAAAUGUGGCACCUUUGAGAGAAAUAUCAAAAUUGUGUUACAAUUUUAAAUAAA